AAAAAGUGUUAAAACAUGAAAAAUCUCAUUAAAAAAAUAAACAACAACAGCAGAGGCUAUGAUCACUUAUAUUGUACUUCCAGGACUCCCGAGCAGUGCCCCAGUGUUGUCUCCCUUCUGUCUGAGAGCUACAACCCCCAUGUGAGGUUUGGAGCUGCUAUGGCGCUGGGGAUUGCCUGUGCAGGCACCGGACUCAAGGAGGCAAUCAGUCUUAUCGAACCCAUGACCAAUGACCCUGUGAACUACGUCCGCCAGGGGGCGCUGAUAGCCUCAGCCAUGAUCCUUGUCCAGCAGAACGAUGUCACAUGUCCCAAGUCGAGUCAUUUCCGCCAGAUGUACAGCAAGAUCAUCAGUGACAAGCAUGAUGACAUCAUAGCCAAGUUUGGGGCCAUCCUUGCACAAGGCAUUCUGGAUGCAGGAGGCCGUAACAUGACAAUAUCCCUGCAGUCACGCACAGGUCACAGCAACCUGGAGGCCAUUGUGGGCAUACUGGUGUUCUCCCAGUUCUGGUUCUGGUACCCGCUGACCCACUUCCUGUGCCUCGCCUUCACCCCCACCUGCACCAUUGGGCUCAACUCGGACCUUAAGAUGCCCAAGUUGGAGCUGAAGUCCAACGCGAGGCCAUCCAUGUUUGCCUACCCUCCAAACAUGGAGGAGAAAAAGGAGAACAAGAAGGACAAAGUAGAGACCGCCAUCUUGUCCAUCACGGCCAAACAGAAGAAAAAAGAGGCAGAAAAGAAGAAAGAAGAAGAAAAGAUGGAUGUGGACGAGAAGCCAGACAUCAGAACAGAAAAGAAGGGAGACAAAUCCGCCGACAAGGGAGAGAAAUCCAGUGGUGAGAAGGAGACAGAGGAGGAAGGGAAGAAGGAAGAAGAGAAAAAGAAGGAACCCGAGCCCAACUUUGAGAUGCUGAACAAUCCAGCUCGUACCAUGCUGGCACAGCUGAAAGUCCUGUCAAUGACUGAGGGAAGUCGCUACCAGCCCCUCAAAGACAUCUCCAAUGGAGGUAUCAUCGUCUUGGGGGACAUUAAGCAGGGGGAGAAAGAGGAGAUUGUGGAACCUGUGGCUGCUGGUGGCCCCAAGAUAGAGGAUGAGGAGGAGGAGCCUGAACCCCCGGAGCCCUUUGAGUGGACUGAGGACUAAACUGGCCACACCCCCUGUGGGUCACAGGACCUUUACAGUGUGUCAACGUCUGUCAGUCCAACCUUCAUAGAACCUGUUCACUGUAGAAACUUAAAAGCUUUGAAUGUUUUUGUUAUUGAAACUUUAUAAGAGCAUAAUGAAACUAAACCUUCAUAGACCCUGUUGUUAUAUAGAGACUUAAAUGCGUAGAGACCAGCUCUGAAUGUUGUUGGUUUUGUCACUUUGUAACAUCAUAAUGAAACAUGAAAUGAAAUUAGUGACUUGUGUGUUCAAAUAUUUUCUAUAGACAUGUUUUGUUAACUUAGUAGCAUGUUGUUUUGUGUUUCUAUUUAUAGUUUUUAAACAUUAGUAAACAAAAUGAUAUAUAAAUAUACAUUAGAAAAGAACAUAACAUUAACUAAAAACAAUUUUUGUGUUGAUUAAUGAAUAUUGUCAUAACAUCAAUGAUAUAUGUAUAUUUCUUAGCUUUUCUUGACUUUUCAAGAUGUAUAAGCUCUGCUCUACAAUUUAUGACAAAAAAUAUCCUUUUAAGAUAAAAAUAAUAAUGAAUGUUCAAAUAUUUUAAAAGAAAGGAAUAAACAAGUACAAACAUCAA